AUGGUAGUCGCCCUCGCCUUGGAGAGUCACGCUGACAACCAUCAUGUGAUGGCCUGCAGUCCGUCAAGCAGAACCAAGGAGGUUGGUUUGCUACUGGGAGGGACCUCAUUUAUUGAUGAGUUCAUAGAUGGCAGAGGAAAUUUAUUAGCAGAAGAGUGGAAAUGUGUGGGGUCUCUCACCAAGUCGCUGCUGGCCGUGGCUUUCCUGGCCUCGUUCGGUAGCUCCAUGCUCUAUGGCUACAACCUGGCCGUCGUCAACUCUCCUGCAGAGUACAUCAAGGCAUUCUAUAACCAGACGAUGGUAGCAAGGAACGGAAAGGGCCUGGACGACAAGAAGCUUACGUUGUUCUACUCUGUCACCGUGUCUGUGUUUGCCAUCGGGGGCAUGGUGGGCAGCCUCAUGGUGGGCAUACUAGUCACCAGAUUUGGAAGGAAAGGGACCCUGGUGAGAAUCACAUGUCUGGUGUUCAUAGCUGGAGCCUUCAUGGGCUUCAGCAGGACCUUUGGCUCUCCAGAGAUGAUCAUUGUUGGACGCUUCAUCACAGGGGUACACUCAGGUAUCUCUCUGUGUGUGGUGCCAAUGUAUCUUGGGGAGAUAGCACCUAAGAACCUGCGAGGCUUCCUGGGCCUCGUGCCUAGCAUCUUUAUCUGUCUAGGAGUCUUCAUCGCUCAGAUCCUGGGGCUACAUGAACUACUGGGAAAGGAAGAGCACUGGCCCCUCUUCCUGUCUCUGGUGGUGAUCCCCACCCUGUUCCAGCUGAUGCUGUUGCCAUGGUUCCCAGAGAGCCCGCGGUACCUGCUCAUAGAGAAGAGGAAUGUCCACGCCACCAUCACAGCUCUGAAGUGGUACCGGUCCAAAGUGAACAUCCAGGCAGAGAUCGAGGAGAUGCAGGAGGAGCAGCGGUCCAUGUCCUCGGUCCAGACCGUGUCAGUCAUCGGUCUGCUGAAGGACCGGAGCGUCCGAUGGCAGGUCAUCACUAUAGUGGUGGUCAAUAUCGGCAUGCAGCUGUCUGGUAUCGACGCGAUCUGGUUCUAUACCAACGCCAUCUUUGAGAACGCAGGUAUCCCAGUCCCUCAGAUCCAGUACACCACGGUUGGAACCGGAGCCAUCGAGGUUAUCGCUGGAUGUGUAGGGUGCUUCACCAUUGAACGGCUGGGCAGAAGACCUCUGAUGAUUGGUGGAUUCACCUUCAUGGGAAUUUGCUGUGCAGGGAUCACACUCUCCCUCAUGUUCCAGUCCCACUAUAUCAGUGUUGCCUGUGUGGUGGGGAUCAUCGCUGGCUUCUGUAUAGGACCAGCUGGAGUACCCUUCCUGAUUACAGCAGAGCUGUUUAAACAGUCCCAUCGUCCGGCUGCCUACACCAUGUCGGCAGGGGCCUACUGCUACCUGGUGUUCUUUGGCGUGUGCAUGGCAGUGGCGGCCUACGUCUUCUUCAUCGUCCCUGAGACCAAGAACAAGACAUUUGUGGAGAUCAGCCAGAUGUUCGCGGCCAGGAACGGCAUGCUGGAGGAGGAGAGCAGCGAACUGGGCGUCGUUAACAACCUCAAACUAGCCAAGAUGAACGGCUAUGGUGCCGUCGACCUGGAGUACGAAGUGAUGGAGAAGAAGAAGUAGAGAAGGGGAAAGGGAGAGAGAGAGCGAUAGAGACGUGGGUAGUCUAAAAGUGUCUCUUCAUCUGUACUGAUCURAAAACACCCCACUGGGCACAGACGUCAGUUAAACGUCUAUUUUUGAUUUCCAUUUGGUUGAGUUGUCAACUAACGUGAAGUCAAUGUUAAAUCAACAUAAAAUGUUGUCAUGAUAUUGGCUUUAGGUUCAAAGUUAGUUGAAAAAAAGCCAAAAUUCCCUUUUUGAAAAUCCAAUUCGUUUCCCACGUUGAUUCAACGUCAUCACACUGAAUUGAUUUGUUGAAAUGACGUGGAAACAACGUUGAUCCAACCAGUUUUUGCCCAGUGGGACAGAAUAGGUGAAAGCAAUGUGGUGGAAUUGGUGGACUUUGCUUUUCCCUGCCCAGUUAGUGCAGACAACGGAAAAACCAUCUAUUUCGAUUCAUUGUUCAGUAUUUCAUUUCGUUCUUCUUCUAAAUCUGUGUUCAUGGUGUACAGACACCUGUGUCAGUCUACCACCACAAACCCCCUUAUGUAAGACCUCUAGGAUAGUGUGUGAGAUGUGUGGUGGUGUUUUAAUGUUUUCUCAAUGGUGUCUAAGUUUAAUUAUGUCCAUAUCCAUGUAAAUGAAAAACAUUUUUGACAGAACUCUAUCUCAAUACCGUUCCAAAAUGUAACAUUUAAUGUUACCAGUUGUACAGUAACCUACAUAGACUCUAUGUACUGUUUGGAAGUCAGCACGUCUACAACCAUUAGGUUCCACUCUCCUCUCAGUUAUAUGUGCCUUCUCUCAAUCCGGUUGAAAACCUUUCCUACAAUGUACAGUAUCGAGAGAAUGUAUUUAUUUAUUGACACAGAAACAGUAUCAUGAUAUGAAUUCAGUGUCUGACUUUACCAUUUUCCUGAUCACUGGUUUUGACAGAACAUGAGGUCAGUCCACAUCAUGUGAAUGGUAUAGUUUUUAGAAACACUAUCAGGUGUUAUAAUGCCUUAACAACAUAUUCAUAGCACCUUAUAAGGUGCUAUGAUCCCUUAUGAGGCUUCAUAAGAAGGUGCUCCAAGUGUUACAGUGUCUUUGAUCAUGUUUACCUUGCUUAGCUGAAGAGAGAACCAAUAACUUGAGUUUGCUUGUUUAUGUUGUUUUUCUUCUCUUUUGCGUAAGAGAGUUUGUAAAUGUGGCUACUGUAGUAGUCAUUCCAUAUUCCAUAUAUAUCGUACGUUACAUCGUACAUGUUAAACAGAUAUGCACAAGAAAGUGUGUAGGAGGAUAUAUACAGUAUACACUGGUGUACAAAGCAUUAGGAACACCUUCCUAAUAUUGAGUUGCACCCUCUAUUGCCA